AUGUCAAAUACCUCAUCAUCUAAUGUUUCAACAUCUUCUCCAAUUGGAGAUAGUUGGCCAUAUUUUGAUGAAGAUGAGACAAAACUUCUUGUAAAAACAUGGAAUUCCUCUAUAGGAAAUAAUAUGGAAACUGUUGGUUCAAGUAUCUAUGAAAUGAUAUUUAAGCAGGUACCAGAAGCAAGAAUAUUAUUUCCAUUUAUGAAAUUUACAACAAGUGGUAAAGAAAAAAAAAGUACAGAAUUUAGAUUUCAAGCCUUACGUUUUAUGCAAGUACUUGAAAAUGCUAUAAAUUGUAUAACAAAUUUAAAAGAAUUAGAUCCUAUAUUAGAUAAUUUGGGACGUCGUCAUGGAAAAUUAGAAGUAUCUGCUGGUUUUCAACCAUAUUUUUGGAAUACAUUUAUUGAAUGUACUUUAUUUAAUAUAAGAAUUUAUUUGGAAAAAGCUAAAAAAGGAACAUAUGAAGCAAAUGAAAUUGAUUAUGCUAUUAUGUAUUGGAGAAAAUUGUUAUCAGCCGUUAUCAAAAAAAUAGAGGUUGGAUUUUAUACAGACAUUGCAAAUAGAAUAUCUAAUGGUGAAAAAAAAAAAUUAAGAAAAUCAUCAACUUCUACACAAUGCUCACAAUUUUUAAUGAAACAACAAAUUAAUCGUAGUGAUAUGUCGUAA